GAUAAUAUCCAUGAUCUCAUGCGGACCUUGCCCACAGUCAAACAUGUGUACUAUGACUACCAAUUCAUACUAUAUUGUUCAAUCCAAUUCAAUUCCAUCCCAUCCCGUUUCCGUUUCAUGUUCCAUACUUGAUUUCGGUUUUGGUUCAGCAUAGCAUCUACGUCUGUUGUCGCCCUUCUUCAUACUUGCCCCCAUCUUUGACGAUUCCUCAAAUAAUCUUGGAUUUCCCCAUCACCCUUCAGAGAUCGCUCAAAAGAUUCGACGCAACCCUCAAUUUGGGCAACAAUUUUUUUUAUUUUUAACUCUUUAGUUUGGUACGCUCGGAAUAGAUGAGUGAGAAUUCAAAGGUGGUGAUGGUGGAUCGAUUGCUUCUUUCUAUCAAAGAGAUUUCGGAGUUACCUGAAUGUCGAAACGUUUGCAAGAGGAUGUAUGGGAGUUUGGUUCGAAGGGUAAAGUUAUUGAGCCCGUUGUUCGAGGAAAUUAAGGACAGUGAUUGUGAGUUGCUUAGCGACGACCAUAUUAGAUCGUUUGAAUCGCUGGGAAAUGCUUUGGAUUCAGCUAAGAGCCUUCUCAAGUUCACGAGCCAAGGGAGUAAGCUUUAUCGGGCUCUGCAGAGGAAUGAAAUGGCAGAAAAGUUCCAACAAAUAAAUGAUCGAAUUGAAGAAGCAAUUAGUGUACUUCAAUAUGAAAAGCUUGAGAUAUCACAGGAAGUUCGAGAACAGAUUGAGCUUGUGCAUGCUCAAUAUAAAAGAGCAAAUGCUAGAACGGAAUUAGCUGAUUUAGAACUACAUUUGGAUUUAGCUGUAGCACAAAAAGAAAAAGACCCAGAUCAUGAGAUGCUCAAUGGGCUUUCUGAGAAGUUGCAUCUGAAGACUAUAAAUGACCUCAAGGAAGAAUCAACUGAAUUACAUGAAUUGCAGAUCACAAGUGGUGGAGAACUAGGGGACUCUAUUGAGAUGAUGUCAUCUCUUCUUAAGAGACUAAAGGACUGUGUGCUCAAUGAAAACCCUGAAAUUGACACCCGUGAGGGUGAAAAAUUUUCAAUGAAGCACAGAUCACCUGUAAUUCCAGAUGAUUUUAGAUGUCCAAUAUCUCUUGAACUAAUGAAAGAUCCUGUAAUUGUCUCUACUGGACAGACAUAUGAAAGAUCCUGCAUUCAAAAAUGGCUUGAUUCUGGGAACAAAACAUGUCCCAAGUCACAACAAACACUUUUGCACACAGCCCUAACCCCUAACUAUGCUUUGAAGAGUCUGAUUGCUUUGUGGUGUGAAAACAAUGGUGUUGAGCUACCAAAAAAGCAUGGAAGCUGUAAAACAAAGAAAUCUGGAAGCAGUCUUUCAGAUUGUGAUCGAGCUGCUAUUAAUGCUUUAUUGGAUAGGCUAGCAAAUGGUGACAUGGAACAGCAGAGGGCUGCAGCUGGUGAGCUUCGAUUGCUAGCUAAGAGAAAUGCUGAUAACAGGGUAUGUAUUGCUGAGGCAGGAGCAAUACCGCUUCUUGUAGAGUUGCUGUCUUCCUCGGAUCCUCGAACCCAGGAGCAUGCUGUCACAGCGCUUCUCAAUCUGUCCAUCAACGAGAGUAACAAAGGAACAAUUGUCAAUGCAGGAGCUAUACCAGAUAUUGUAGAUGUACUGAAAAAUGGCAGUAUGGAAGCCAGAGAAAAUGCAGCUGCAACUCUCUUUAGUUUAUCAGUUCUAGAUGAGAACAAGGUUGCAAUAGGAGCAGCUGGGGCUAUCCCUGCUUUGAUUAGCUUGCUUUGUGAAGGCACUCCCAGAGGUAAAAAGGAUGCUGCUACAGCUAUUUUUAACCUUUCUAUAUAUCAGGGAAACAAAGCUAGAGCUGUAAAAUCUGGUAUAGUAGGCCCACUAAUGACAUUUCUUAGUGACGCUGGAGGUGGAAUGGUGGAUGAAGCACUAGCUAUACUGGCUAUUCUUGCAAGUCAUCUGGAAGGCAGGACAGCUAUUGGUCAAGCUGAACCGAUUCCUAUUCUAGUCGAGGUUAUACGAACUGGUUCCCCACGGAACAGGGAGAAUGCUGCUGCUGUGUUGUGGUCGCUUUGCAUGGGAGAUCUUCUGCAGUUGAAACAGGCAAGGGACCAUGGUGCAGAAGAAGCACUGCGGGGAUUGUCGGAAAAUGGCACUGAUAGGGCCAAAAGAAAAGCGGGAAGUUUAUUGGAACUCUUGCAAAGAAUGGAAGUGGAUGAUAAUUUGCCGAAGUCUUAAUCUCAAGUUUCUUCAUCAUUAAAGUUGAUUUUUCGUUUGGUAUUAUGGUCAUUUCAAGCUUUGUCCAAACUUAAUAUCCUUGUAGUUGAUCUUCAAGGCAUAUUCUUCCACAUCAGUUAGGUGCAUUUAAGAUUCUAAUCUCGGCGUGUUUCCCAAAGAAUCAUUAUCAUUCGCAUAGCUUAUAGAUGUCCAAAAUUAUGCAGUAAUAAGUAUAAUCUAGUUCAUUGGAGUAGUAUUUGAAGUGUGGCUCCAACAUUUGAAUAUUUUUAAUAUUUUUUAUUAAAAAUAUUUAAUAAUAGGUUU